AUGAAGCAUGGGAAGUUUUCUAUUAAACUUAUGUACCAGAAGCGUAGUGGCACUCAUGCCAAAGUCCCUUGGAGGAGAUUAACUUGUCACAAUCAGGCUACACCAAACAGUCUGUUCAUUCUAUGGAUUGCUAUCUGGAAAAGACUUCCUACCUUGGACAAGCUGCUGCAAUGGAAUAUAGUAUCAGCCAGUUUGUGUCCUAUGUGUCAAGUUGGUUCUGAAUCAAUGGAGCAUAUAUUUUUUGACUGUCAGUUUUCAGCUCAAGUCUGGCAGAUGGUUCUGAAACUUUUGCAGUUUGCAAGGAGACCUGUUGGUUUUACUGAUGAACUGAAGUGGGUGCUUAAAAGCUGUAAAAGAGGUGGUAAUAGGCAUAAACUGUUGAGAAUGUUCUCUGCUGAGAGUGUGUAUUCCUUAUGGCUAAAUAGGAAUGAUCAAGUGUAUAACAAGCAUUGUAAAAGCCCCACUGAGCUGUUUAGAGAGAUUCAGUUUAGGGUAGCUAGUAGGCUUUCUGAUGAGCUUUGUUCUUAUUUACUAGAACUUGGUGUUUAG